AUGGGAGCCUCGCCCCAAUCUUUCUUUAAGUUGAACUGUGAUACUUCGGUUCAACUGGAGAAAAAGCAAGGAGACUUGGGUUUUAUUAUUAGGGAUUCCCAAGGUCGUUGCAUCACUGCAAUCUCUGAGCCUUGCAAUGCAUGGGAUGUACUUCUUAAUGAGACAUUGGUAGUUAGGCAAGGAAUGCUUGAAGCUAUUUCUGAGGAGAUUGAUAAUUUGAUCAUUGAGAGUGAUAACCAAGAAGUAAUUUUGGCCUUGCAAACAACAUCAACUCCUUUCCCUGUAUUAAUUCGUCCAAUUGUAGAAGACAUCAUGUAUCUUCAAGGCUGCUUUGAGUCUUGUACAUUUUUGUUUAUUCCAAGAGCUAAAAAUGCUAUUGUUGAUGCUCUUGCUAGGAGGGUCUUGUCCUUAGCGAAGAGGACAAGUUGGCCUAUAUCCAAUCCCUGUCUCUUUGAAGAUGGGAGUGUAUCACGCUCUUUUGAAUAG